AUGGUUGUGGGCGUCUCCAAGGGGUUCGAUAAGAGGCUUCAGAUGGUGGGAGUCGGGUACCGAGCCAUGCUUGAGGGCCAGGAUCUUGUGCUCAACCUGGGAUUCUCCCACCCUGUUCGGAUGCCGAUACCCACCGGGAUCCAGAUCAAGGUGGAGGACAACACCAGGAUCAUCGUGAGUGGCUACGACAAGUGCGCCAUCGGUGAGUUUGCUGCUUCAAUCAGGAAGUGGAGGCCCCCAGAGCCCUACAAGGGCAAGGGAGUCAAGUAUGCUGAUGAAAUAGUGAGGAGAAAGGAGGGUAAGGCUGGCAAGAAGAAGUAG